GUGCUUGUUACCAGGAGGGGUGAGGGCCUUCAGUUGGGGGAACCGCUGGCUGAUUAGGUCUUGGGACGUGGAGAUGCUGCAGACCCGGGACGAAGGCAGCGGACUUUCAGGGUGGAGGUGGACCAAUGCCCGCAGCCUGCAAAAGCACCUGAAUCCCCCUUUGCAAAUGCCGAGUCAACCGACCUUUGAUGAUGUGGCUGUGGGGGGCGGAGCCUAGCAGUCGAAUGAUACAGUAAAGUUCUUCCAAGCUCCGGAUGUCUGAAGCCUAGAAACGCAUUUAUCUCCGUAUGAUUGGCAUGAUAAAGAGAUGACUUGAGGAAAAACAACCAAUGUUGCGUGUGUAGGAAGUGUUUUACUCAGAAACUUAAUCUCCCCAGACACCAGAGAGCCCACAUGGGAAGACCUAAACAGCACAAAUGUUUGAGGUGUGGGAAAACGUUAGCUUCCCAGGCAAGUCUUUUAAUUCACCACAGAGUCCACACUGGGGAGAAACCCUACAGUUGUCCAGAAUGUGGGAAAUGCUUUCCUCGGCAGCAGCGUCUCGUGAUCCACCAGAGACUUCACACAGGAGAGAAACCUUACAAAUGCAUGGAGUGUGACAAGUGUUUUGCUGAUCCUUCUUCCUUGGUGAAACACCGGAGUGUCCACACGGGCGAGAAACCCUACAAAUGCAUGGAGUGCGGAAAAUGUUUCGCUUUUGGCUCAGCCCUCGUGGUACACAACAGAAUCCACACUGGAGAGAAGCCCUAUGCGUGUACAGAGUGUGGGAAAUGUUUCAGCUCCCAGUCUCAGCUUGCGCCACACCAGAGCGUUCAUACAGGGGAGAAAAGCUACAAAUGCAUGGAGUGUGGGAAAAGUUUCAUGAUCCGGUCCCAGCUUGUGAAACACCAGAGGGUUCAUACAGGGGAGAGAAGCUACGAAUGCAUGGAGUGUGGGAAAUGUUUUGCUGCCAAAUCUAACUUAGAGAUCCACCAGAGAGUCCACACGGGAGAGAAGCCCUAUAAAUGCACCGAGUGUGGGAAGUGUUUUGCUUACCACUCGUCUUGUAUGAAACACCAGAGAAUCCACACUGGAGAGAAACCUUACCAAUGUCCGGAAUGUGGGAAAUGUUUUUCUCACCAGCCAGAUCUUAAGAUGCAUAAACGAGUCCACACCGGAGAGAAACCCUAUCAGUGCUUGCAGUGUGGAAAAUGUUUUGGUUAUGAAUCCAAUCUUGCGAGGCAUCGCAGACUCCACACCGGGGAGAAACCUUACAAAUGCAUGGAGUGUGGAAAGUGUUUUGCUGACCAGUCGAGCUUUUUGACGCACCAGAGAAUCCACACCGGGAUGAAACCUUGCAAAUGUAUAGAGUGUGGGAAAUGGUUUACUCAGCCAUCGUGCUUAUUGAAACACCAGAGAGUACACACAGGAGAAAAGCCAUACGAGUGCCCCAAGUGUGGCAAAUCUUUUUCUCGUAGCUCAAGCGUUGUGAAACACCAACGGUCCCACACCGGAGAGAAACCCUAUGAGUGUGGGCAGUGUGGCAAGUGUUUUGCUCACUAUUCCGGCCUUAGGCUGCACCACCGAGUGCACACUGGAGAAAAACCUUACAAAUGCUCAGAGUGCGGCAAGUGUUUUGCAUCCCGCUUAGGUUUAGUGGAACACCAGAGAGCUCACACGGGGGAGAAGCCGCAUAAAUGCUUGGAGUGUGGGAAAAGCUUUGCUCGCCAUUCAAGUCUUACAACGCACCAGAGAGUCCACACGGGAGAGAAGCCCUAUAAAUGUGUGGACUGUGGGAAGUGUUUUUCUCAGCAAACACACCUAGCAACACACAAGAGAAUCCACACAGGGGAGAAGCCUUACAAAUGUCCCGACUGCGGGAAAGGCUUUACGCAGCGCGCCCACUUUGUGAUUCACCAGACAAUCCACUCGGGAGAGAAACAGUUCAAGUGCUUGGAGUGUGGGAAAUGUUUCGCUCACAAUUCAACUUUGGUCAUCCAUCACAGACUGCAUACGGGAGAGAAACCCUAUAAAUGCCUCGAGUGCGGGAAAUGUUUUCUACAGCAGUCGCGUCUUGUGUCUCAUGGACGGGUGCAUACGGGAGAGAAACCCUAUCAGUGCCCUGAGUGUGGGAAAUGGUUCCGUUACCACAGUAAUCUUGUGAUUCACCAGAAGGUCCACAUAGGAGGCAAACGAAACCAGACUAAGCCAAAGAAAGCCCAUACGAGCGAGAGGCGCUCUGCACAAAAUUCGAAGAUGGGGCAUUCCUUUCCUAAGAGUGGAAAACAUCAAAGCCACCGCUGCACAGGAAAGAGAACUGUCUUGGGACGUGGAGACGCUGCAGACCCGGGACGAAGGCAGCAGACUUUCAGGGUGGAGGUGGACGAAUUCACGCAGCCUGCAAAAGCACCUGAAUCCCACUUUGCAAAUGCCGGAGAUGACUUGAGGAAAAACAACCAAUGUUGCGUGUGUAGGAAGUGUUUUACUCAGAAACUUAAUCUCCCCAGACACCAGAGACCCCACAUGGGAAGACCUAAACAGCACAAAUGUUUGAGGUGUGGGAAAACGUUUGCUUCCCAGGCAAGUCUUUUAAUUCACCACAGAGUCCACACUGGGGAGAAACCCUACAGUUGUCCAGAAUGUGGGAAAUGCUUUCCUCAGCAGCAGCGUCUCGUGAUCCACCAGAGACUUCACACAGGAGAGAAACCUUACAAAUGCAUGGAGUGUGACAAAUGUUUUGCUGAUCCUUCUUCCUUGGCGAAACACCGGAGUGUCCACACGGGCGAGAAACCCUACAAAUGCAUGGAGUGCGGAAAAUGUUUCGGUUUUGGCUCAGGCCUCGUGGUACACAACAGAAUCCACACUGGAGAGAAGCCCUAUACGUGUACAGAGUGUGGGAAAUGUUUCAGCUCCCAGUCUCAGCUUGCGCCACACCAGAGAGUCCACACGGGAGAGAAGCCCUAUAAAUGCACCGAGUGUGGGAAGUGUUUUGCUUACCACUCGUCUUGUACGAAACACCAGAGAAUCCACACUGGAGAGAAACCUUACCAAUGUCCGGAAUGUGGGAAAUGUUUUUCUCACCAGCCAGAUCUUAAGAUGCAUAAACGAGUCCAUACCGGAGAGAAACCCUAUCAGUGCUUGCAGUGUGGAAAAUGUUUUGGUUAUGAGUCCAGUCUUGCGAAGCAUCGCAGACUCCACACCGGGGAGAAACCUUACAAAUGCAUGGAGUGUGGAAAGUGUUUUGCUGUCCACUCGUACUUUGUGACGCACCAGAGAAACCACACCGGGAUGAAACCUUGCAAAUGUAUAGAGUGUGGGAAAUGGUUUUCUCAGCCAUCGAACUUAUUGAAACACCAGAGAGUACACACAGGAGAAAAGCCAUACGAGUGCCCCAAGUGUGGCAAAUCUUUUUCUCGUAGCUCAAGCGUUGUGGAACACCAACGGUCCCACACCGGAGAGAAACCCUAUGAGUGUGGGCAGUGUGGCAAGUGUUUUGCUCACUAUUCCGGCCUUAGGCUGCACCACCGAGUGCACACUGGAGAAAAACCUUACAAAUGCUCAGAGUGCGGCAAGUGUUUUGCAUCCCGCUUAGGUUUAGUGGAACACCAGAGAGUUCACACGGGGGAGAAGCCGCAUAAAUGCUUGGAGUGUGGGAAAAGCUUUGCUCGCCAUUCAGGUCUUACAACGCACCAGAGAGUCCACACAGGAGAGAAGCCCUAUAAAUGUGUGGGCUGUGGGAAGUGUUUUUCUCAGCAAACACACCUAGCAAAACACAAGAGAAUCCACACAGGGGAGAAGCCUUACAAAUGUCCUGACUGCGGGAAAGGCUUUGCGCAGCGCGCACACUAUGUGAUUCACCAGACAAUCCACUCGGGAGAGAAACAGUUCAAGUGCUUGGAGUGUGGGAAAUGUUUCGCUCACAAGUCAACUUUGGUCAUCCAUCACAGACUGCAUACGGGAGAGAAACCCUAUAAAUGCCUCGAGUGCGGGAAAUGUUUUCUACAGCAGUCGCGUCUUGUGUCUCAUGGACGGGUGCAUACGGGAGAGAAACCCUAUCAGUGCCCUGAGUGUGGGAAACGGUUCUGUUACCACAAUAAUCUUGUGAUUCACCAGAAGGUCCACAUAGGAGGCAAACAGAACCAGACUAAGCCACAGAAAACCCAUACGAGCGAGAGGCGCUCUGCACAAAAUUCGAAGAUGGGGCAUUCCUUUCCUAAGAGUGGAAAACAUCAAAGCCACCGCCGCACAGGAAAGAGAACUGUAUGAACAGCUUUUAUGCAGGAAAAUGUUGUGCCAGAAAGAAGCACUCUUUCAUAACAGAAGCCAUGCAGAAAAGAUGCUGUCCGGACACCAGAAGGUUCAUGCAAAGCGAGAAGUUUUAGAUAACAGUUUUGAUAGGGCAUCUGAAGAAAUUGCAUGAAGAGUGUUAACAUUUCCAAAAACUUUGCAAAUUGUGGAAGGAGACUAAUGUUUUACUGUUUAUUGCUAAUUAUAUAUGAUGUAAGUGUUUGUGAUGUUUCACUGAUUAUUGCUAUUCAGGAUGUAAGUGCUGUUUGGACUGAUUUGGCUAGAGGCUAUGAGAAAUACAAAUACCAUGUUACAGAGAUGGUCGUGGAUCUUGCAAGAAUUGCAAUUUGUCUACCAAUUUAUCAAAGGCAAGGACAAUGUGAUUGCUGACAGACUAUCCAGAUGAGUUUCUGUGUUGGUGAGGACUUUGUGAAACACACCAAGAACAUUUCUUCAAUUUUGGACACUGCAUGUCCUUGGGAGCAAGAAGUAUGCUCUGUUUCAUUUUAAGGGUUG